AUGCGGCAAUUUGCGAUCUGGCUCUUGCUGUUGGUGGUAGUUCUGGUUGUACACGCCGGCAAGGACUUUUACAGCAUACUUGACGUUCCUCGUGAUGCACCCAAGAGUCAAAUCAAGAAGCAUUACAAGAAGCUAUCACGUGUAUACCAUCCUGACAAGAAUCCCGGUGACAAGAAAGCCGAGGAAAAGUUCAUGGAAUUGACAGCAGCAUAUGAGGUAUUGGUGGAUGAGGAGCAACGUGCAAUCUACGAUCGCUAUGGUGAAGAAGGACUGGAACAGCACAAGAACGGUGGUGGAGGUGGUGGAUUCCAUAGUCCAUUUGAUAUCUUUUCACAAUUCUUUGGUGGUGGAGGCUUUGGUGGACAUCGUGCACAGCAACAAGAGCGCCGAGGACCCGAUGUUCAAGUAGAAUUACCAGUGUCCCUGGAAGACUUGUACAACGGUGGAUCACUUGAGAUUGACAUUUCCAAACAAGUCGUUUGUGAUCAUUGCCAUGGUUCCGGUGCUAGGCGAUCUGAGGAUAUCCAGACAUGUCCCACAUGCCAUGGACAUGGUAGGACCAUUACUCGCAUACAAUUGGGUCCUGGUAUGGUGCAACAAGUCCAGCAAACAUGUACACAAUGUGGUGGGAAAGGAAAAACGAUUCGAGCUGUAUGCAAUGCUUGUGGUGGCAAAAAGGUGCUUCGUGGCAAUGAGCAAUAUACCAUUGUGAUUGAAAAGGGUAUGCGUGAUGGUCAAACAACGGUCUUGGAACAAGAGGCCGAUGAGUAUCCUGAUGCAAUCCCUGGUGACAUGAUCUUUAUCGUGAUAACGGAUGCACAUCCCGUUUUCGAGCGUCAAGGCGACAACCUAUAUACGAAGCAGCACAUUACGCUCAUCGAAGCAUUGACUGGUUUUGAAAAGACAAUCAAGCAGUUGGAUGGAUCCGAUAUUAAAUUGGAGCGUUCGGGAGUUACUCAAUAUGGCUUUGUGCAAACAAUCAAAGGCGCUGGCAUGCCUCAUUAUGACAACCCUUCCGAACAUGGCGACCUUUUCGUUGAAUACCAAGUCGUCUUUCCAACACAUAUUGAUGAGGACGUGGUCAAAUUACUCAAACAAGGAGCACAUUUCCCAUCUAAUCGACAUGAAGAGUUGUAG